GACACAGAUCUCGUUCGAUAACGAUCUUUUGCGAGAGUUUCAAGGACGAUACGAAAAGCUGGACGCUUUGCGAACCCGUGGCGAAAAUCCCCCUUCCCUGUCGUAAAAGUCCGUAAUUUUUUUAGCAUUUUGUCUUUAUUAUACACUUGCCUCCUCUUCGAAUUAUUAUUAUCAUUUAUCAUUGGAAUAUUCCUGAAUUAUGUUGUAAAAGCCGGAUGGAAAUAUUAAUGCGUUAUAUUGUUCUACUACGGAGCGUCUAGGUGAGUUUCAAAAUUAAGCGGGUCGAGCCUUACGAAUUAUUUCAUACUCGGAUAAAUCAUUUAUAUCAUCUUCCCAAUAUACCUGCAAUCUACCUACCAAUCAAUUAACCUACCUAAGGAUGUGUCUGGCCUCUUGGUGGAGGCCAUGCUAUUAUUAUUAUAAGUUUACUAAGGUCCCUCCUAUGUAAGAACCGAGAAAUUUUUAGUUUCUUAUGGUCGGUCGGACCUUAACGUGUUCUGGUAAUUAAAAAAAAAUAAUAAAUAAAAAAAAAUAUCGUAAACACGUAGAAAUUGUUUAAAGCCAUGACCUCAAAAGUCCUGGACAUGGUCGACCCAUUCACGAGUAAAGCGACCAUCAAAUCGAAAAGGCAGAAACGAUCUCAGGGAUCGUCGCAUUACAGAACUAAAAAUGCCCCCGAACUGCAAGCUUUACCUCAUCUAAAGGAUACAUCACCCGCAGAACAGCAGGAACUGUUCACUAAAAAGCUUCAACAAUGUUGUUUAGUAUUUGAUUUUAUGGACCCUGUGUCAGAUUUAAAGAGUAAAGAAAUCAAACGAGCAUGUUUGAAUGAACUUGUGGAUUAUAUUACCGCUACACGAGGAAUUCUUACCGAACCUGUCUAUUCGGAGAUUGUAGGAAUGAUUGCUUGUAAUAUAUUUCGAACACUACCACCUAAUGAUAAUCCUGAUUUUGACCCAGAAGAAGAUGAUCCCACACUAGAAGCAUCAUGGCCCCAUUUACAGAUUGUCUAUGAAUUUUUCUUAAGGUUUUUAGAAUCUCCUGACUUUGUGGCAACUUCUGCUAAAAAAUUCAUUGAUCAAAAGUUUGUUCUUCAGUUAUUGGAAUUAUUUGACAGUGAAGACCCUCGGGAGCGUGAUUUUCUAAAGACAGUACUUCACAGAAUUUAUGGCAAGUUUUUGGGUCUAAGAGCAUUCAUUCGCAAACAGAUAAAUAAUAUAUUUCUCAGGUUUAUCUAUGAAACAGAACAAUUUAAUGGAGUUGGAGAAUUGUUAGAGAUAUUAGGCAGCAUCAUUAAUGGAUUUGCCCUCCCAUUGAAACAAGAACACAAAUUGUUUUUAAUCAGGGUUCUUAUCCCAUUGCAUAAAGCUCGCAGCUUGAGUCUUUACCAUGCACAACUGGCAUACUGCGUUGUACAGUUCUUGGAGAAAGAUGCCUCUCUUACUGAAGAAGUUGUGAAAAUUUUAUUAAAAUUCUGGCCUAAAAGGUGUAGCAUAAAAGAGGUAAUGUUUCUUGGUGAAAUUGAAGAAAUACUUGAUGUGAUAGAACCACCACAUUUUCAAAGAAUCAUGGAUCCACUGUUCAGGCAAAUAGCCCGUUGUGUAUCCAGUCCACAUUUCCAGGUUGCUGAGAGAGCACUAUAUUACUGGAACAAUGAAUAUAUCAUGAGUUUGAUUGAGGAGAAUGCCGUUGUGAUAAUGCCAAUCAUGUUCUCAUCUCUUUACAAUAUCUCUAAGGAUCACUGGAAUAAGACUAUAGUUGCACUGGUCUACAAUGUUCUUAAGACAUUUAUGGAAAUGAAUACCAAGCUCUUUGAUGAACUAUCUGCUAAUUACAAGUCAGAAAGACAAAGGGAGAAAAAAAGAGAGAAGGACAGAGAAGAACUGUGGAGAGAACUUGAAAAGCUUGAAGUUAACAACAAGACUAGAUUCAUCAACAAGACUCCAUCUUAACAGCUUGAUCACUGGACCUUAGCAACAAUGUGGUUUAAGUUUCUUGUGUUUUGGGGAGGGAUUGGGGGAGGAGACCACUGUUAAAACUGUGUGAAAAAAUAAAAAUAAUAAUGAUAACUAAAAUUUAAAAAAAAGAGAAAAACUUAAAAUUUAAAAAAUAUAAAGGAAUAAAAUUAAAGGAAAACACUAGAGGACUGUAGUGCCAAAAUUGUACAGCUUCUUGUACAUAGCCUGUGGAGAUCUAUGUCUUGGGCACAGCCGCUGUAAUUUAUUUCUUGGGUGUCUUGUAAGGCCUGAGCUGAAUGCUCCUAGAACUGACAGUCAUCUUAUUCCUGUCAAUGGCCUCUCUCUCUAUCUCUCUCCGUCAUCUGCUCCUCUCUACGUUGCAUAGUAAUUACAAACAAGACAGUAAAACACAUACAAACACACACAUAUAUAUAUAUAUAUAACUAUAUAAACACACAUGCUUGCAUACAUGAACACACGAAAUAGCAAUCAAAAACUGUUGAUUGGGGAAAGAAAGAAAAAAAAAUUAUUUGCAUAAAUAUUUGAAAACUUUUUUUGAGAAUUUUUUCUUCUCUCUCUCUCUCUCUCUUUCUAUCUCUAUCUCUCUUCUUUCUCUUUCUACUAUAACUUCUCCUUCUCUUUAGUUUGAUUGGCAACCUUUAUCCAGUCUGGAAAAAGAUUUUAAUCUGAAUAAAAUAUGUAUUUAAACUGCUUUUCCUGUGUGUGUGUGUCUCUCUCUUUCUCUCUGUGUCUGUCUGUCUGCCUGUAUUUCUCUCAUAGUAUUUAAUUUUUUUUUGUUUACAGCAUUUUAUAUAACAGAUUAAGAUAAAAAGACAUGGCUCAUUAUAUUUCAGUGUUUAUUAUUCAAAGUAUUUCAUAUUAAAAUAUGAAUUAAAUUUUUUUUUUAAUCUCCAAUUGAUAGAAUCUAAAAAGAAGUCAUCCCCAGUACUGUGUCUCACUUCUCCUUUUUUUUUUCUUUAUAUAAAUUAGACUUUCACUCUAUAUUUUGCCUUAUUGGUAAAAUCCUUGAUUUUUGUAACUUUUGUUAGUUGUUGGCAAUUUAAUAUAUAGUUUAAUAUAAUUACAUUUUUUUUUUACAUGCUAAUUAAAUCAUUGGCACAUGUACAUUGUCACACCUGCUCACACAUACUAAAUAGUACUUGACUGGUACAUAUUUAGUUGACUUUUAACAUGUGCAUUUAGUUAUGUUGGAAAUUUUAAGCAACAACAUAAACAGUAGUAUUUUUUCUUUCUUUCUUUUUUUUUUUUUUGUUUGUAAAUGACAAACAAGAGAUAAGCUCCUGAUGAUUCAGAUUAGUAACCCAGUUUCAAUUGAUGGCUGAGGGCCUUCUUCAUUUAUGCCCCCUAUUGUUCACUGUUGAGAAAGGCAUGGACAUCACACAAUCUCAUUUUCAGUAAAUGACUAGUGGCUUUGUGUCUCAGGAAUCAAUAUCUCUUUUCUUCCACUUCUCUUCUUAAAUGGACGUAGCAGUAACUCGACUGCAUGUUUGCUCAACACUAUCUUCGGUUAAUAAAUUUUGGAGAUGGAAACGUAAAAAAAAUAACUAUCAGUGGUUUAAAUGUCACCCAAGAAGAUGUCACACCUGAAGGUUUACAGAAAAUAAAAGGUUAUGAUACUGGUAACAAGGAGUCAUAAAGCUACUUCAGAUGUUCAAAGGGAAAUUACAAUGAAGUGCAGACAGGCUGAUUGCAUUUAUCAUGAAAAAAUUUGUCCAGUGUUUCACAUUUGUGACAUGAAUAACUUCAAAGGAACUGUUUCACAGCUGGUUUCAUAAAAUAUUAUUUAUUUAUAAUUAUAACUUUUGUAUAAAUGUAAAUAAACUGUUUUUAAAAUA